AUGGAUUCCAGUCGGCAGCGCAGAGCGACAAACGCAUGUCAACGAUGUCGUUCUCGCAAGGUCAAGUGCUCCGGCACGAAUCCGUGCGACAAGUGCCAGCAGCGUCGCCAAGAAUGCGUGUUUGAAGAGGAUCGGAAGAUUGUCGUUUCGGAGGAACUCUUUCGGUCGAUGAAACGGAGACUCGAAGAAGUUGAGGGGCUGGGGUCCGAAAAGAAACGGCGUCGUGUGAGCGGGGACAGUGUGAACAGUGUCGAAUACGAAGAACCAGCAUCAGAAACUGAGGGGCAAACGGCGGAACCCACCGAGACUCGAUUCGAAGAACGAUUCGCCUCGAAUCCGUUGGUCUGGCCGAGAUACUUCAAGCAUACGGGACGCGGACAGGGACAGCGAACCUGGCUAUUUCUCGGACCAACGUCCACCUGGUCCUUCAGUCGUCGCGCCCUCACCAUCCUCCAAGCCCGCCUCGAUCCCAGCAACACCAAACCAAUUCCCUUCGCCGUGGACGGAGAUGCAUAUCAAUUACACCUAACUCAAGCGGCUUCUAGCGAUCCACCAGAUGUGAGCGGCUUACCCUCACUAGAAUACGCUCUCUACAUGCUCAACACGGUCAAAUUUCAUCUCGGUCAUUUGUAUCGACUGUUUGAUGAAGAGGAAUUUCUCCGUAAUCUCCACGAGUUCUAUGAAGACGCAGCUGGAAAGGUCAACGAGUGUCGGUUGUGGUAUGUACAGUUUCUGGUUAUAUUGGCAUUUGGCGAGGCGUUUCUGGCUCCGAUCCGAACCACGUCCAAUACAUCCACAUGGACGAAAUUCUUUACAAGAGCCAUGUCACUGUUGCCCGAUAUUACUGCGCUCUGGAGGGAGCCGAUCCUAGCGAUUGAAGUACUAGCCAUGGUUGCGCUUUACUUCCAUUCGGUGGAUAUUAGAGAUUCUGCUUAUUGCUACAUCGGUCACGCCAUGCGUAUGGCUCUAGUAGAAGGCUUCCAUCGCGCUUUGCCGGUCGAUCAACUGGGAGAAAAGGUGGCCGAGCGAUCUACCAAUAUCUGGUGGACAGUAUAUAUUCUCGAUCGCAAAUUCGCAUCGCUUAUCGGAGCACCAAAUUCGGUCAACGAUGAAGACAUCACGGCUGUUCUCUGGGAUCCCCGGUCGUGCUCACAACAGACUGCUGCAUUUAGUUUGCAUGUGAAGAUCUCGCAGGUCAUCACACGGGUUAUUAAUACCGUGUACAGUGCGGAUGGCAAGCUGGGCGGGGUCUUCCUGCGAAAGGUGCGAAGCGUCUUACAUGAAAUGGCAAAUCUGUCGCGGGAACUCGAAGACGUCUUCUCUCAUCGUUUUCAAAGCUCAGUCGAUGCAAUCUCCGGUGUUACAACUCGGCUGACGUUAUCAUGCCAUUUGUGUAUCAUCGUCACCGUCCGACCGCUCGUUCUGAGUCUAUUAUGGGAACGCAUGAACUGCUUCGAUGAUGGCGAUGGGCUCCGAACGCUUUCCUCUCCCGUUCGAACUCUUAUCCAAGCGUGUAUCGAUUCGUCGAUCAAAUCACUUAAAAUACUGUCUGCUCUGCGCGACCAGAACCUCCUUGAAAACUUUCUCCCUUUCGAUCUCGAAAAUCUCUUUUCCGCCUCUUUCAUCUUAUCUCUGAUAUCUGUGGUUAUCCCUGAUAUGCUGCCCGACCAUGGUUACCGGGAAAUGGGGUUUAGUCUGCUCGACGAGAUGAUCACCCGGGGAAGCCGCAUCGCGCAGUUCCGCAAAUCGGAAAUCGAACUUCUGGAAGAAAUGGCCCAGCCACUCAAUCAACCCGCACCAACAUCACGUCCUGAGCGACCGACUCAAAGGCAUAUUGACCAGACGCAGUUAGUGACACCGUUGAGUCUCGACAGAAUACCGACGAGUCAGCCAAAUACGUCACAUCUGGAGGAAGCGCCCGACCUGUCGUCAGUUGGCGGGAUGCAGGAGGAGGAAUUAUUAUUUGGAUGGAGAGAUUUCGGGACAUCGCUGAAUCAGAUGCUUUCUGCAACGGAUGAGUUGAAUGCGCAGAAUAAUCUUCUGUUGGAUACAGAUUUGAACGCGGAUCUGUGGUUGUGGAGUGACAAUAAUUAG